ACUUGCCAAACAUGCAGAUAACAAGUUGCGGCUUCACAACGUAAACGUCGAACUCAACGAGGCGAAGGAAACGGUGUCUCUACUAUGCCUAGAGGCAGAUCCUGUCGACCAUGUCCCUGCUGCUUUUAUCGCGCAAAUAGGUAUCAGUCCAGAUACAGCUCUUGCCUGACCCCACCUGAAUACUUGAAGGACUUGCUUAGAAGCAUAGAUUCCCAAGGAAGGCACUUUAAUGACAGCAUAAAGUCCAAAGGACAUAGAACAGGGGUAACAAGUGUGUUAUACAGAGCAUUAAAACGGAGAGAAAGGCAAGGUGAUGCUAUAGUUGUAGCAGUCGACGAACUCAGAACGUCAAAGAUAAAGCAUUAUUCUCUAAAUUUUGAUUUUCCUACUAAACUACCUAUAGAUAUGCAACUCUUGUGACAAGAUGUCGUUUACAACUGCUUUUCUGGGCCUCCAUAGUAUCCUUUGUGGAUGUGGUAGACUAUAAUGAACUUUGUCGCCGUAUCAAACACAAUU